AUGGCAGACUCGGAAAUACAGCGACCCAAGUAUCCGACACGUGUGGAAAACGUUCCAUAUGGGAAGGCGCUCUGCGCGGACCGGGAUCUACCGGCUGGCACGGUUGUAGAAAAGUUUGAAGGAAAAGUUGUGGAAUACGAGGACCUUUCAGAUUAUGACAAAACAUAUGUAUUGAAUUUUCAACCUAAAGGCUCGACAGAAUGGAAAUGGCUGCUACCACUGUCGAACGCUAGAUAUGCAAAUCAUUCCUGCGAUCCAUGUGCAUAUAUUAACGAUAACCGGGAGCUUGUGCUGCGCAGAGCCGUGCGCGAAGGAGAUCAAAUCACUUUCUUAUACAAUCCAGGAGAAGAUUCCGAUUGGUGGGAUCCAGUAUGGAACUUCAAGUGCUGCUGUGGCGCCAAACAAUGCCAAGGAGACAUUGAUCGGUAUAGAAAACCCACAACUGUCAACUGAAUAGCAGUUUAUCUAUUGAACAAAUAAAGUCUGGCUCCAUCGCCCGUGAUGAUGCCCAAUGAUCUAUUAUUACGGGUAUCAAAC